ACCGCUAUGCCACCCAGGUGCCCCAAUAAAUGAUUGUUGAAUGAAUUCAAGCUCUGAAGAUAAAUCAAAGAUAUUUGAGAUGUCUCCCACUCUCUAGGAAUCUUGGAAGCCCACCCAGGAACCACAUAAUUUCCCCCUCCCUUUAAUCACAGAUGGACACUACCAGCAGCAAUGACAAUAACAACGAUUUUUAUGGAGAAAUUGCUGUAUAUCAGGCCUUGUGUUGAUGCAGAACUGUGAAACAAGAAAUUCCUGUUCUUUAAGCCACCUUAUCUUUGGUCCUUUGUCAUGGAAGCCCUACUAAACUAAGAUAAAGCCCUCCGCUGGACCCAGAGCUGUGAAAGAAAAGAUGGACAGAUUUGAUGACAUGAACACAUAUCAUCAUGAACAAAGACAAAAGACCAACCAAAGCAACAGCCUGGAAGGGAAUGUUUGCAAUAUGGAGACAAAUUGCAGAGCACGUGCCCUCGGAGCUGUGGGAGCCCUUCUACACCGACCAGUACGCGCAGGAGCACGUGAAGCCCCCGGUGACGCGGCUGCUGCUCUCGGCCGAGCUCUACUGCCGGGCCUGGCGCCAGGCGCUGCCGCAGCUCGAGACCCCCCCCAGCCCCUCGGCGCUGCUGGCCCUGCUGGCGCGGAGGGGCACAGUGCCCGCGCUGCCCGAGCGCCCCGUGCAGGAGGCCGACCUGAGGCAGCAGCCCAUCCUCAUGGGAGCCCAUCUAGCUGUCAUUGACGCCCUUAUGGUUGCCUUCGCCUUCGAGUGGACGAAGACACUGCCCGGUCCUUUGGCCCUGGCCAGCUUGGAGCACAAGCUCCUUUUCUGGGUGGACACGACCAUCCGGCGGCUGCAGGAGAAGACGGAGCAGGAAGCUGCCCAGAGAGCCUCUCCUGUGGCCCCUGCAGACGGGGUGGCCCCAGCACAGCCCUCGUGCCCUACACGCUGGUACUGGAAGCUGGUUCCUCACGCAAUUGCCUUCUGUUUGAAGGAGUCGGGGAGCAAACCCCCCAUGAUCCGAUACCGCAAGGACCGAGCUGUGGCCCGACGUGCCCCCUGCUUUCCAAGUGUGACCACGCUCCAGGAUCUGGCAAGUGGGGCUGCACUGGCUGCCACAAUCCACUGCUAUUGUCCUCAGCUCUUGCGACUUGAGGAGGUGUGCCUCAAGGAGCCCAUGUCUGUGGCGGACAGCCUCUACAACCUCCAGCUGGUGCAGGACUUCUGCGCCUCCCGCCUUCCUCGUGGCUGCCCGCUGUCCCUCGAGGACCUGCUCUAUGUCCCACCGCCCCUCAAGAUCAACCUGGUGGUGCUGCUCGCCGAGAUGUUCAUGUGCUUUGAGGUGCUGAAACCUGAUUUUGUGCAGGCCAAGGACCUGCCUGACGGUCACGCGGCCUCCCCCCGGGCCACGGAGGCCUCUCCCGCUCAGAACAGCAGUGGCUGCAGUUCUCCUGUCUUCAACUUCCGCCACCCGCUCCUGUCACCCGGCGGCCCCCAGUCCCCACUCCGUGGAUCCACAGGCUCACUGAAGUCCUCCCCGUCCAUGUCCCACAUGGAGGCCCUCGGUAAGGCCUGGAACCGUCAGCUCAGCCGUCCCCUUUCCCAGGCGAUAUCGUUCAGCACCCCCUUUGGCCUGGACAGCGACGUGGAUGUCGUCAUGGGAGACCCCGUCCUCCUCCGCUCCGUCAGCUCAGACAGCUUGGGCCCCCCGCGCCCCGCGCCGGCCCGGACCCCCGUCCAGCCGUCUCCGGAGCCGGGCGACCUGCCUACCAUCGAGGAGGCCUUGCAGAUCAUCCACAGCGCCGAGCCCCGGCUGCUCCCAGAUGGCGCCGCCGACGGCAGCUUCUACCUCCACUCCCCCGAGGGCUCCUCCAAACUGCCGCUGGCUUCCUCCUACCCACGCGAGGGGGCCUCAAAGCCACUGCCCGAUGGGCCCGCCAAAGCUCCCACCUACAUGCCCCACCCUGAGGGCCCCUUGAAACCAUCUCCCUGCCCGGCAGGGGAGGUGUCGAAACCGCCGGCCCUAUCUGAGGGCUCCCCGAAGGCGGCAGCUUCGUCCCCAGCGGCCAGCAACUCCGAGGUGAAGAUGACCAGCUUUGCGGAACGCAAGAAGCAGCUGGUCAGGGCCGAGGCCGAGGCAGGUUCCCCGGCAGCCACCCCCACAGCCCCAGAGGCCCUGAGCUCAGAGAUGAGUGAGCUGGGGGCCCGGCUGGAGGAGAAACGGCGGGCCAUCGAGGCUCAGAAGCGACGGAUCGAGGCCAUCUUUGCCAAGCACCGCCAGCGACUGGGCAAGAGUGCUUUCCUGCAGGUGCAGCCACGGGAGGCUGGAGGGGAGGCAGAGGCGGAGCCGGGCCCGGUCCCUGGUGGGGAGCGGCCGGCGGGUGAAGGCCAGGGUGAUCCAUCCCCACGGCCCAAGGCAGUGACCUUCUCACCCGAACUGGGCCCGGUGCCCCCCGAGGGGCUGGGGGACUAUAACCGGGCGGUCAGCAAGCUAAGUGCUGCGCUGAGCUCACUGCAACGGGACAUGCAGAGGCUUACGGACCAGCAGCAGCGGCUCCUGGCCCCACCCGAGGCCCCCGGGCCUGCCCCGCCACCUGCUGCAUGGGUCAUCCCUGGUCCCACAGUGGGUCCCAGAGCCGCAUCUCCCAGCCCUGCUCGGCGUGCCCCAGCUGCCCGGCGCAGCCCCGGGCCCGGCCCGACACCCCGAAGCCCGAAACAUGCACGGCCAGCAGAGCUGCGGCUAGCACCCCUGACAAGAGUGCUCACACCUCCCCACGAUGUAGACAGCCUCCCCCACCUGCGCAAGUUCUCGCCAAGCCAGGUGCCUGUGCAGACACGCUCCUCUAUCCUCCUGGCGGAGGGGUCGCCUCCAGAGCCGGGGGCUCGGCCUGGCCUCAUCGAGAUCCCGCUAGGCAGCCUGGAAGAGCCCACAGCUGAAGACGAGGGAGAUGGGAGCCCCCCUGGUGCUGAGGAUUCCUUGGAGGAAGAGGCAUCUUCCGAGGGGGAGCCCCGGUCAGGGCUGGGAUUCUUCUAUAAGGAUGAAGACAAGCCCGAGGACGAGAUGGCCCAGAAGCGGGCCAGCCUGCUGGAACGGCAGCAGCGGCGGGCGGAGGAGGCGCGGCGGCGGAAACAGUGGCAGGAGGCCGAGAAGGAGCAGCGGAGGGAAGAGGCCGCACGGCUGGCCCAGGAGGAGGUGACCGCGGGCCCCCUGGCCCCCCCAGCUCCUGUGGCCCCCGCAGCAGCCCCAGCCCCUGCUGCGAGGGUCCCAGCUGAGGAAGAGGUGGGCCCCAGGCGGGGGGACUUCACUCGACUCGAGUAUGAACGCAGGGCCCAGCUGAAGCUGAUGGACGACCUUGACAAAGUGCUGCGGCCACGGGCUGCGGGGGCCGGGGGGCCAGGCCGGGGCGGGCGGAGGGCCCCCCGGCCACGCUCUGGUUGCUGUGAUGACUCGGCCCUGGCACGAAGCCCUGCCCGUGGCCUGCUGGGCUCCCGGCUGAGCAAAGUCUACUCUCAGUCCACCCUGUCACUGUCCACCGUGGCCAACGAGGCCCUCAAUAACCUUGGCGUGAAGAGGCCCACGUCUCAGGCUCCAUCCCCAUCCGGCCUCAUGUCCCCCAGCCGCCUGCCUGGCAGCCGUGAGCGCGACUGGGAGAACGGCAGCAACGCCUCAUCCCCGGCGUCGGUGCCCGAGUACACAGGUCCACGGCUGUACAAGGAGCCCAGCGCCAAGUCCAACAAGUUCAUCAUCCACAACGCCCUGUCUCACUGCUGCUUGGCGGGCAAGGUGAACGAACCACAGAAGAACCGCAUUCUCGAGGAAAUUGAGAAGAGCAAGGCCAACCACUUCCUGAUCCUCUUCCGUGACUCGAGCUGCCAGUUCCGGGCGCUCUACACGCUGUCCGGGGAGACGGAGGAGCUGACUCGCCUGGCGGGCUACGGCCCCCGCACGGUCACGCCCGCCAUGGUCGAGGGCAUCUACAAGUACAACUCGGACCGCAAACGCUUCACCCAGAUCCCUGCCAAGACCAUGUCCAUGAGUGUAGACGCCUUCACCAUCCAGGGCCACCUCUGGCAGAGCAAGAAGCCCACGACUCCCAAGAAGGGCAGCAGCACCCCCAAGUAGCCUCGUCCUGGUGGUACACGGGGCGGGCCCCAGCCGUCGCCCUCCCUGAGGACAGCCUGGAGGACAAUCAGUGGGUAUUCCUGGGUCUCGUCUGUCCCCAACCUUGUCUGGGUAGGGCUGGAGUCCCUACCCCCUAACUUCUGUCCUGUCCUGCUGUGGGGGCUGAGCUGGGAGGUUCAGGGACUCAGGGCUCAGCUCAGUCCCCUGUCUGUCCUCCCCACCUUCUUGAAUAAAAUAAUUUAGAAAGA